AUGCUGUCCAGAUCAGCCAGACGUAAGACUCUACAACAAUUGAAAGAAGCCAGAAAGACAGGUAGAAACGUUAAUGUUGUUGAAUCUGAUACUGAUGAUUACAAUGAGAUUUAUGAUGAGGUGGACGAAGACACUUACAGACAACACAAGAGAAAUCAGCUAAUGAAUGACGAUUUUAUUGUUGACGAUAAUGGAGAAGGUUAUGUUGAUAAUGGAGCUGACGACUGGGACGAUGCUUCUAGACCAAACUAUUAUUCAGAUGAAGAAAACGAGUCUAUGGGAUCCAGAAAACGUAGAAAAAAGGAGGACAAGACAACUAAAGUAGCUAAAACAUCACAAAUUAGAAAUUUUUUCAAGCCAAUGAGUGGUGUCUCAGAUUCUAAGAAAAAAUUGGAGACAAACAUAGAUGAUAUCCUCAAUGAUUUUGGUGACGACUUGGACAAAAAGAAAAACAUUCCCAAAGCAUUUUCAAACUCUAUUAACAAGGAGGUCAAUAACCACAAUAUUAAUAAAAAGAAAUUAAAGAAUACUUUUAGCUUUUCGACAUCUACUAGGAAAACUGACAAAACAACACCAAAACUUGAUGCUUUCAAUGCUUCAUCCGACUAUACUAUGGACAUUGAUAAUUUUGAAGAUCAACCUUCAUCACCAUUUAAGCUUAAAAGCGAGGUGACUCCAGAAGCAGAAACUGAAAAGGAGAAUAUUGAUCCAGAACCGACAAAAAACGUUUUUGAAAACCCAUCUGAAUCAUUGAAAAAUCAAGAAAAAGUCAAUGACAACGAUGACGAAGACGAUUCAGAUGACGAUAUUGUUUAUUCGAGAAAACCCAGAGCAGCAGUGGUUAAGAAAAACCAGGUGGAUACGGUUUCAGCUGUCAAGGCCAACCAAUUACCUUCAUCUCCAAUUUCCAAACCAGUUUAUACCAAAUUUUCUAAUCACACCGAAAAGGUAUCUAAAGACAAUAUUAAAGACACAUCUGAUUCAUUCAAAAUGUUCUGGUUUGAUUACGCAGAGGCCGAGAACUCUCUUUUGCUAUUUGGUAAGAUCAUGACCAAGGAAGGCAAAUUAGUAUCUGGAGUGGUCAAAGUCGACGGAAUUUGCCGUGAAUUGUUUUUUCUACCAAGAGAGUAUCGUAUUGUGGAUGACGAAGAGGAUAAAAGCAAGAAGCUCACAGCCAUUGACGUAUUAGAGGAAAUACAGCCGCUUUUGUUAGCUAAUUACAACUUGGAAGAAUUGCGUGCUAAACCUGAGGUCAAGAAAUAUGCUUUCGAGUUAGCCGAUAUACCUAAAGAAGCCGAGUAUUUAAAGGUUUUGCUCCCAUUCAAUAAUGAGACCAAUAGAAACAUUAUGCCUGCAAAUAUUGAAGGUAGCACAUUUAGACACGUUUUUGGGACCAACGCUAACAUGUUUGAAUCAUUUGUAAUGCAAAGAAACAUUAUGGGACCAUGUUGGUUAGAGAUUCGUGGUGGUGAUUUUGAUGCCAUGCAAAAUGCUUCCCAUUGUCAGGUGGAAGUUGUGGUUGACAGACCUUCACAAAUAAGCACCAUUGACAAAGAUGCUCCAUCUUCGCCCAAUUUAACUGUCACGGCUAUCUCAAUGCAAACAAUGUUGAAUGCCAAAACCAAUAAGCAAGAGGUUGUGUCGGUGUCUUUGGCAACUUACUUUGAUCUACCUCAAGAUGCCCCCAUAUCAGAAGAUAUCAAACCUGAUGAUGUUUUUACGCUAGCCAGACCUGUGGGAUCUGUAUCUUUCCCGCCAAGAUUACAGCAGUUGGCUGAAAAAGGUGGGUUUCAAUUGCGAACUUGCCCUAGUGAAAAAGUAUUGCUUAAUGCUCUUGCUGCUAAAAUAAAGUCUUUGGAUCCAGACGUCUUUAUUGGCCAUAGAUUGGAAAAUAUAUCUUUAGAUGUGCUUGUGCAUCGUAUGAAUGAUAAUAAUGUUGUUACGUGGUCUGCUCUUGGACGGAGAAACAGAAGGCAAUGGCCAUAUAUGAUAAACAAAAGUAAUUCAAGUUACAACAAUAGUCUUCUCAUUCGUGAUGUUUUUCAAGGACGGUUGUUGUGUGAUAUUGCCAAUGAAAUGGGACAAUCCUUAACAAUGAAAUGUCAGUCAUGGGAUUUGCAUGAAAUGUAUGAUGUCGUUUGUCACAAAAAGCAUUCUCCAGUAGAAAUUAACUAUCAAAACUUAAAGUAUGCUGAAGAUGCACAUUUAUUUUUGAUGGCAUUGAAGGAAAACGAACUCAACGUCAAGCAAACUGCAGAAAUUGCAUUUGCUACCCAGAUCCUUUCGCUUUCUAAGCAGUUGACUAAUAUUGCUGGUAACGCAUGGUCUCAUACUUUGAGCGGAACAAGAGCUGGUAGAAACGAAUACAUUUUGUUACAUGAAUUCAAGAGAAACAAUUACAUUGUACCUGAUAAGGAGGAUAAAACGCACAAGAAUACGUCUUAUCAACAAGAGGCAAGAGUGGAAAAUGCCGAGGAAGAUGCGACAACUGCCACAUCGAACAAGAAACCCAAGUAUCAAGGUGGUUUGGUGUUUGAACCUGAAAAGGGGUUGCAUAAAAAUUAUGUUUUGGUUAUGGAUUUCAACUCAUUGUACCCAAGUAUUAUUCAAGAAUUCAACAUAUGUUUCACAACUGUGAACAGAGACAGAUUUAACGUUACUCAUGACGAAAACAAGGACAUGCCAAUUCUUCCAGAAAGAGAUACCGAAUCCGGUGUUUUGCCACGAUUGUUAAACACUUUGGUUUCUCGUCGUCGAGAAGUUAAGAAGCUACUCAAAGAUCCUAAGAAUACUCCAUUUCAAAAAGCUCAAUAUGAUAUCAAACAACAGGCUUUGAAGUUGACUGCAAACUCAAUGUACGGUUGUUUAGGUUAUGUGAACUCUAGAUUUUAUGCUAAACCAUUGGCAAUGCUAGUGACAAAUAAGGGGAGAGAAAUUUUGAUGGAUACAAGACAAUUGGCAGAAUCAUCUAGUUUAAGAGUUGUUUACGGUGAUACAGAUUCGGUUAUGAUUGAUACUGGUGCCAGCAGCUACCAGGAAGCUAUUAAGAUUGGAGAGCAAUUCAAAGUACAAGUUAACGAGCGUUAUAGGUUGUUAGAGAUUGAUAUCGAUAACGUUUUCAAGAGAUUGUUGUUACAUGCCAAGAAGAAGUACGCAGCUAUGAAUGCCUCAAUAAAUAAAGCUACUAACGAAGAAACAGCUACUUUGGAAGUCAAAGGUUUGGAUAUGCGAAGACGUGAAUACUGUCAACUUUCUAAAGAUAUUUCGACCUUUGUAUUGACAAAAAUAUUGUCGGACCUGGACCCUGAAACUGCACUUCUUGAAGUGUACGACUAUUUGGAUGACAUGAAAGGUAAAAUACAAAACAAUGAAAUACCGAUUGACAAAUAUAAGAUAAAUACCAAACUUUCUAAGGACCCAAAAAGUUAUCCAAAUGGUAAGUCUAUGCCACAGGUUCAGGUUGCUUUGAGGCUUAGAGAAGAAGGAAAAGUAAUCAAAGCUGGUAGUGUUAUCACAUAUGUCAUUACUGCGGCUAAAGAUGAUGGCGAUAAUUCCACGGUGGCAGAGAGGGCUAGGGCUAUUCAAGAAUUACUUUCAAAAAAAGACCCCGAUUUGAAACCAGACGCCAAUUACUAUUUGGAGAAACAAAUAUUUGCUCCAGUUGAAAGAUUGUUAGAAAGAAUUGAGGGAAUUGAUAUGGUCAGAGUGGCAACAUCGUUAGGCAUUGAUACAAAACGUUACAUUUUAAGAGUAAAGAACAGUGACGCAAACGGAGAAAUACUUCCAAUUGAAUCAAACAUUUCUGACAAAGAGAGAUUUAGAGCUACAAGUUAUUUGGUGUUGCACUGUAAAUGUGGAAGUUCAUUCCGAUUUGGGGGAAUCAUGGCAGCAGAAACAUACAAAGUCACAUUCAAUGGUGUUUGUUGCACAAAGUGCAACUAUACAUUUCCAGCUAUUAAAUUGACCUCACAAUUGGAGUCAAUGAUAAGGAAGCACAUUGCGUUGUAUUAUGCUGGAUGGUUGGUUUGUGAUGACCCUGCCUGUGGAAUUACGACAAGGCAGAUUUCUGUUUAUGGUAAAAGAUGUAUUGGUAAUUCAGGUAGAGCUAUGGAUUGCAAAGGGGUUAUGAGAUAUCGCUACAAUGACAAGCAACUUUAUAAUCAAUUGCUUUAUUUCCAGUCUAUCUUUGAUGUUGAUAAAACAAAACGUGGUGAGCUCAGGCCCUUGGUGGAUGCUUUGGAGGAAUCUAAAGACAAACAGUUGCCUAAAUUGCCAUCAGGACAAGUAGAGGCAUUGGCUGAACAAAAUAGGGAACUUUUUGGCAUUUGUCAGGAAGUAGUACAGAAGUAUUUGGGUGAAUGCGGUCGUCGUUAUGUGAAUAUGGGAUCUAUUUUUGACUUUAUAAGGAACUAA